AUGGCCCAAAUGCACCAUCCUAAAGUUCUCGAUCAGGUUGAAAGUCUUACACCUACCGCAGCCUCCCCAGACCUCCUACCUCUGGCCGUAGCACACCUCACCGCCUGCGCUCAAGUUCUUCCAGCAGUCAUCACGGAGCAUCCUCAAUGGCUCAUCCUCACUGCCACACCAGCGAUCCCGCACAAGCUCCCAGCACACCUUACAUCUCGCGGUCAAAGCUCCCCGCCGCUUCUUACAACGGGCGCGGACUGGCUGGUUCUCACUGCGAAACCUCGAACCGCGACAUCCUCCACCUCCGAGCAGCUGAAAAGGUCACCUGUCCUCGCGGCGACGACAACGCUGGAAGAUAAGGUUCUAGAACCCUUUGUCCCACACCGCCAGAGGUCAUUCUGCAGCAUGGUAGCAAUCGCGGUGCAGGGUGAGAAGGGGAAGAAUGAGGCGGGGGUGUUUUCGUGCGGGAAAUGCAAUGACAUGGUUCGUGCCGGUGGUAUGUGCCCCCCUGUCACCGAGAGGCAGCGGCUCCCACUUGACUGA